CAAAUAAAGACGAGCGGGCGGAGCAUGGUCACACCAUAGUCAAUUUAUGCUUCUGACAUAUCAAUUUACGAAUUUACACGAGCAUGAGUCGACGCUUAUUUUCACAAAUGCAAAACGAUGACGCAGAAGAACAAGAAGACGACCACGUUAAAUCAGCACUUCCAAUUUCAAAAUCAAAAGCACAACUUGUAAACGGUCAGCCUGUUUCAGGAGAAGAUUACCUCUUAAUGGUUCGAGAUCAGGCGAACAAAUAUCCAAAAACAGUGACAGCAGCAGCAGCACCACCGCCGCCAUCAACAAAUUCGUCGUUGCCCGCAAGCUUUGCUUUUUUCCAAGAACCAGAACCCACAUCAGAGUUUCUACUGCCUGACCCUGUGUGGCAACAGGAAUUUGCAAACUCGUUUAAAAUAUACCAAGAGUACAAGCAAAAGAAUAAGCCGAGAAAGGGAAAGGUUACAUUGCCUACUAACUGGCGGGCGCAUUGCUAUGACAGCGAAGCAGAUCAAGAGCGUCUAAAUAUCAUUGCUCAUUGCUCUCAGAGAAAUAUCCUGUCUCUUCUGAGAGGCUUUCGAGACUGGUUGACAGAAAUGACACAUACGGAAUCUCUAUGGUUAUAUACAUUACUAGUGUACUUGGAUCCUGUCAUGAUGGCACAGCAUGUUUCUGUACUAAGAGAGUUGGCACGCAAAUGCAUCAAGAUACGAAAUACGAGAGAAAUGCACGAUGAUAACGUAGUACGACUCAACAUGAUUAUUACCAUCAUUGCCAAAGUAUUUGGACAGGCUGAUAUGGUAUAAAUUAGCAUGUACAUGUAUAUAAGAUUUCUUUCGCAUUUUCACUUAACAUAGAAUCAAAUCGAUGAGAGAAUUGGUUAUUAUACACAAAAAGUACUAGAAGAAAGGAAAAGGAGAGGUCAAUU